CCGGAGUCCCCGCUCCCGCGCCAUUUCGGACCCGGAGCGAGCGUGGCGCGGGCCUGAAGGCGGCGGCGGCGGGAGCCUGAGGCGCGGCGGCUCCGCGGCGCGGAGAGAGGCCUGCUGAAAAUGACUGAGUAUAAACUUGUGGUAGUUGGAGCUGGUGGCGUAGGCAAGAGUGCCUUGACGAUACAGCUAAUUCAGAAUCACUUUGUGGAUGAAUAUGAUCCUACGAUAGAGGAUUCCUACAGGAAACAAGUAGUAAUUGAUGGAGAAACCUGUCUCUUGGAUAUUCUCGACACAGCAGGUCAAGAGGAGUACAGUGCAAUGAGGGACCAGUACAUGAGGACUGGGGAGGGCUUUCUUUGUGUAUUUGCCAUAAAUAAUACUAAAUCAUUUGAAGAUAUUCACCAUUAUAGAGAACAAAUUAAAAGAGUAAAAGACUCUGAAGAUGUGCCUAUGGUCCUCGUAGGGAAUAAAUGUGAUUUGCCUUCUAGAACAGUAGACACAAAACAGGCUCAGGACUUAGCAAGAAGUUAUGGGAUUCCAUUUAUUGAAACCUCAGCAAAGACAAGACAGAGAGUGGAGGAUGCUUUUUAUACAUUGGUGAGAGAGAUCCGACAGUACAGAUUGAAAAAAAUCAGCAAAGAAGAAAAGACUCCUGGCUGUGUGAAAAUUAAAAAAUGCAUUAUAAUGGGUGUUGAUGAUGCCUUCUAUACAUUAGUCCGAGAAAUUCGAAAACAUAAAGAAAAGAUGAGCAAAGAUGGUAAAAAGAAGAAAAAGAAGUCAAAGACAAAGUGUAUAAUUAUGUAAAUACAAUUUGUACUUUUUUCUUAAGGCAUACUUAAGUAAAAGUGGUAAUUUUUGUAUAUUACACUAAAUUAUUAGCAUUUGUUUUAGCAUUACCUAAUUUUUUUUUUUUCUGUUCGUGCAAACUGUUAGCUUUUAUCUUAAAUGCUUAUUUUAAAAUGACAGUGGAAACCUCUUUUCUCUAAGUGCCAGUAUUCCCUGGGUUUUGGACUUAAACUAGCAAUGCCUGUGGAAGAGACUGAAGACCUGAGACUCUGUCUUGGGGUUUUGGUGCAUGCAGUUGAUUCCUUGCUAAUUCUUUUACCAGCUGUGAGCGUUGGUGUGAACCGGAGUAAUGAAGCUUUUGAACCAUCCCUGCUCUGUGUUUCAUCAGUCACUGAAUUAAUUAAUUAGUAAUUACAGCUUCAUCUGAAACCUUAUGGUUGGUUCUACUAAAACUGAGGGAUCACAGAUUUAUGGGCUUCCCUUUGAUUCACUUCUAGCAUGUCCGAGAGUUUAUCAUCCUUCAUAGUGUAGUUAGUUAAGACUGUUCACAAAGGCUUUCUCUUGCUUUCCACUGCUAUUAGUCAUGGUCACUCUCCCAAAUAGUAUAUUUUUUCUAGAAAAGGGGAAAAAUGGAAAAAAAAAAAAAAGCAAUGGAAAAUAUUGAAUAAAGUCCAUUCUAUGUUAGCUAAAUUACUGUAAGAUUCCUAGUAGCUUUUCCUGGUAAGGCAGACCCAGUAAGAAAUAGUAACCAUUUGGGCUAUAUUUACAUGCUACUAAAUUUUUGUAAUUCAAACAAUUUUAACAUAUAUAAAAAGUUCUCAUAAGAAUUAGUAUAAUCCCCCUGUGUCAGAGUGUUCUUUCUUAGCCUAACUAUUUUAAGUCUUUUUUGAGCUUUAGUCCUUAAAAGUAGUUUUAAUUUUGGUUGAGAAGUUGAAGAUGAUUUGAGACAAUUACAGUUUAGCAGGUGUUGAGAUCAAAGUUGCAAGGCUGGGCUUUAUGUGGACCUGUGAUGAGCGUUACUGGGUUUUAUAGUGCUGCUGCAUUCAGUGUUGGUCAAAAUGGGGGACAAGGAGAGUUUGGACAGCUCAGUACAAUUCAUUCUCUUCAUGUAGCAGUCCUGCUGACAAAUCAAGAAUGUUUCUUUUGUUUAUAAUAAUAAUAAUAAUAAUAAUAAAAUUUAAAAAUAAAUUUCAGUGUUAGCUUCAAGGUUGAGAUUUGGGGGUAGGAGACAGGAGGCUACAAGGAGAGUAAAUCUUUAAAACAAUGAAGUAUGAAAGUUUGAAAAUGCAUGGUUGACUAGUCUCUCAACUCUGAACAAACAUUGCUAAGUACUUCCCAAAUUUGAUGUGUAUUUAGAAAUAUCUAAUGCUUUAAGAAUAGAUAAGUUAACAGCAAAAAACAAUCCCUUCAAUGCACUUAAAGCAUUCCUUCAAAUAUUUGAAGUGAUAUUAAAAUCCACUGGACUAUGAGGACUGGAUGUCUGUCUUUUGGAAGUCUGAUUUUAGGCAUAUCACUGUCUACUUAAUAUUAAAUCAUCUCAAAGACUCUUCA